AUGAUCGCCAGAAUCCCAGACGGAGCCCCGGGAAGCCCGUCCAAAGAUGGCCGCGGCCGAAAUGGAAGCCCCGUGCUACGAACCUCGCACAACUUCCCAGUCCGUAGCUCCAGCGCAUGUGACGAUAUGAGUAGUUCCACAUCGUCGGAUGCCUCCGACACCGAGCACUCCAAGUCUUUCGACAGCAACCGUUCCCAGAUGUUCCCGGACUCGGUCCCCGCCUCACCCAUGUAUUCGCGGGGUAUGCACACCCAUACGCUUAGUUACGUCUCCACCAGUCAGCCACAGUCGCCUGCAGCCUACUCUUUGCUCCGACGAACCUGCAUUCGCACGCUGUCCACCGAGACUCUGCCCAUGGGCAAAGCCGCUGGACCGAUGUUCUUCGGCGACUCGCACGCCGGAUACACCAUCGCAUACGUAUUCCGGUUACGGGAUCCCCGUGCCCGUGGGGCAAUGCGGACAUACGCUCUCAUCGCCAUGGCCGGCCGUGACGGACUUCGAGCCACAAAGGCCAUGGUCAAGAUCACCGAAGUCUUCGAAUCCAUCGCCAACCGUAUCGUUGCCCUCGCCGACAAGGUCCUCGAAAAGGAUACUGCCGUGCAAUCCCGGCCUGCCACCGCCGUGCCAUACACCCCACCAUUCGGUACCUCGGCCUCCUCGCUUCCCUUUUUCCAAACCUCUCCCGUCAAAGACCGUCCCGUCUCUUCAGUUGCAAGCUCUCCUGCUGCCCGCAACAUCACACCCGUCUCUUCCUUUCUGUCUGCCAAGAAGGUCGAUCCGGAUGGGUACCCGCGGAUUUCUAGCGAGGUGAUGAAGGCCAAGAAUCUGGUUGAGAUUGUGGGCAUGGAAGACUUCUUCGUGUGGUUGCAUGGCAUCUUCUGCGGACUGCUGCAUUCACUGAUCAACCAGUUUGGGCAGCUGCCUUCUGCUUAG